ACAGCACUUUAUAGGUUCUAGUUUUCUGAAACUGAGAGGAUGGAUUUAUCAUCACAAGAAUACAGUCCCACUCAGUUUUGUUUUCCUGCAGUGAACAACUCUUGUCUUAAAGGGACACAUCAUGUUUCCACUCAGACUGUGGUGUAUCUCCUAUUGGUGUCUGCAAUGAUUGUGACCAUUCUAGGAAAUUCGGUGGUCAUCAUUUCAAUCGCGCACUUCAAACAGCUCCAGACUCCCACUAACAUCCUGGUGAUGUCUCUGGCUCUAGCAGAUCUGCUGCUUGGACUGGUGGUCAUGCCUUUCAGUAUGAUCCGUUCUGUGGAUGGCUGCUGGUAUUAUGGAGAUGCCUUCUGUUUGCUGCACUCAAGCUUUGACCUGUUUCUCACAUCAGUGUCUAUUUUUCAUCUCAUUUUUAUUGCUAUUGAUCGGCAUCAGGCUGUUUGUUAUCCGCUUCAGUAUCCUACAAGAAUAACCAUACCUGUCGCAUGGGUCAUGGUGAUGAUAAGUUGGAGCAUGGCUGCAUUAUAUUCUUAUGGCUUAGUGUAUUCAAAAGCUAAUGUGGAAGGACUGGAAGAAUACAGUGAGUCAAUAUACUGUAUGGGAAGUUGUACUUUGCUUUUCAAUUCAUUGUGGUCAGUUUUAGACACAUUACUAACUUUUUUCUUGCCUUGUUCUGUCAUGAUUGGACUAUAUGCAAGAAUAUUUGUAGUUGCAAAAAAGCACAUUAGAACAAUCGGUGAGGCAAACCAGCAUGAAAACGAGAAUAUGUUUAAAAGCUCUCGACGAUCUGAACGCAAAGCAGCAAAAACUCUCGGUGUGGUCGUGGGUGGUUUUAUUAUUUGCUGGUUACCGUUUUUUAUAAACUCUUUGAUGGAUCCUUAUAUCAACUUUUCCACUCCUUUUGUCCUCUUUGACGCAUUUGGCUGGUUUGGCUAAUCAACCAUAAACCCCAUCAUAUAUGGCCUUUUCUACCCAUGGUUUAGAAAAUCUCUUUCUCUCAUUAUAACAAUGAGAAUAUUUGAACCAAACUCCUCUGAUAUCAAUGUCUUCACUGUUUGAUUCCAUUUUCAUAUGUGCAGCACAUUGAUACUUUGUAACAUUUGCAAAUCACAUAAAUAAAUACAGUGUAAAAUCAGAUGCUUAAUCUUUGCAAAAUUAAAUGGUGAUCUAAAAUCAGUUCUGACAAAGACUUGAAUUCUGAUUUGAUGAUUCAGACAACAUUUUUUAAAUGUAUAUUUUAUUCAGUUUUUAGUGUACAAAAGUGGUAUGCUGAAGCUUAGGGCAUAUUUCUUAUAGGUUUUUAUUAAUUAAGUAUUUCUUUCCAACCAAAGAAGGUCUUUAAAAGCCUUCCAGGAGAAAGUCAUCCCUUUGUGUUUUUGUUCCUCUCAGUGGUGUUUGCUUUGAAAUAUAAGAUCUUCUUGCUGCCAUCUUUGCUCAUGUGUUCAGUUCCAGAAUUUUUUUUAAAUUAGAUUAUAAGGCUGAAAACUGUCAUUUGCACAGACAUUGUUACCUUGAUAGAAUGGAGAAAAUAAAAUACAGUGUGCAUAUUGUUUUUUUUUUUUUUUUUUUUUUUUUUUUGAAGGGGAGGUUUAUAAAUUGGGCCCAAGACAUCUUUAAUGUUCAGGGCAAAAAUAAGACUGAAGGUGAAAUAUUCUCAGCCCUAACCUCAAACACACCUGAACCAGCUAAUCAAGGUCUAGGGGUUAUUAGAAAGCUACAGGCAGGUGAGUUUUUAUCAAGGCUGGAGCAAAAUUCUGCAGUACUGUGGCUCUCCAGGACAAACGUCCCCUCCAAUGUAACAUAUAAAGCUUAUUUGCCUUUUUGUCUUUCUGUGAAGUUGAAAUGGCAUUAGAUGUAAUGAUCCAUGUUGCUGCAUUUUGAUUAGGAUUUAUUUCAGCUAAAACUGUAUAGCUUUCUUUUAAACUCAACCAAAUGUUUUUUGGACAAACCAGUCUGU